CAUGGCCUCGUCUCCAGCGCUGCAGUCUUCUCACUUGGAGCCAUGGCUUCAAUGCUUCCCUUGCUGCGUGGCAAGGAGAAGGGACGGGCAUGGUGGACGCGGCUCAUCGACGUGUCUGAGGCCAGGGCUCAGCUCUUCUUCGCCUUCCCCAUGAUCCUCACCAACGUGUCCUACUACGCCAUCACCCUCAUCUCCGUCAUGUUCGCCGGCCAUCUCGGCGACGUCGAGCUCGCCGGCUCCACUCUCGGCAACUCCUGGGGUACUGUCUCUGGGUUAGCCCUCAUGACUGGCUUGAGUGGGGCUCUCGAGACGCUCUGCGGUCAAGGAUACGGCGCAAAGCUGUACCGAAUGCUCGGGCUAUACUUGCAAUCAUCCAUCAUCAUAUCCACCUUCUUCUCCAUCUUCGUCUCCCUGCUGUGGUACUACUCAGAACCCGUAUUGAUCUGGCUGCACCAAGAGCCCGAGGUGUCGAAAAUGGCGGCUCUUUAUCUCAAGUAUCUCAUUCCGGGCGUCUUUGCAUUCGGCUCCCUGCAGUGCAUGUUGAGGUUUCUGCAGACGCAGACAGUGGUGAUCCCUCUGGUCGUGUGCUCAGUGGUUCCACUCUUCGUCCAUGUCGGGUUGACAUACGCUACGGUCCAUGUCUUCGGCCUUGGGUUUGUGGGCACGUCGCUCUCUGCUUCCAUAUCACUGUGGAUAUCCUUUAUAAUGUUGGCAAUCUACGUGAGCUGCUCCAUAAAGUUCAGACACACUUGGGAAGGGUUUUCUGCAGAAGCCUUUCACCAUAUAAUUCCCUGCAUGAAGUUGGCUAUUCCCUCGGCUGUGAUGGUGUGCCUCGAGUACUGGGCGUUCGAGAUCUUGGUCUUGCUCGCAGGGCUCCUACAGAACUCGGAACUGAGUACCUCGCUGGUCGCGAUGUGCGUGAACACAGAAGCAAUUGCGUUCAAUGUCACAUAUGGAUUCAGUGCGGCUGUGAGCACACGCGUGUCGAAUGAGAUCGGUGCUCGAAACGUAGAGAAGGCCAAGAAUGCGGUGUCAAUGACACUGAAGCUGGCUGUGUUUCUCGAGGUGACAGUGGUUCUUCUGCUGGCUUUUGGCCAUGAUCUAUGGGCAAGCUUUUUCAGCAACAACCAGGAGAUCAUAAAGGCAUAUGCCUACAUGACUCCCCUGCUCACAGUAUCCAUUCUCCUGGACUCAGCUCAGGGAGUCCUAUCAGGAGUCUCCAGAGGAUGCGGCUGGCAGCACCUGGCGGCACUGACUAAUCUAGUGGCGUUUUAUGUGAUCGGCAUGCCAUUGGCACUUCUUUUCGGCUACAAAUUGGGUUUCCAAGCUAAGGGGCUAUGGAUGGGUCUGAUUUGUGGCCUCUUCUCUCAGACCUGCGCCCUCAUAGUUAUCACUGUUCGCACAAAAUGGACAAGAACAGAGCUCGCAGACGAGGAUGGAGAAAGUGAGGUGCUUGUCUAUACAGGAUGAAUGUUACAUGAGACCCAAAACAGUUCAUUCAUGCUACAUACCACCACCACCGAAGUAAUCUAUCCUGUGGCAUUGUCUUCUCUUCUUCCUUUUUACCCAUUUUUAUUUUUAUUCUUGACAAAAUAUCAUGCUAAUCUUCUUGAGAGUGUGUGUGAUGAUCUAAGCUUUUGUAGCUAUUUAUAAUAGCUGUAUUGUUUUUGUUUUGGGUUGUUGAUCAAGCAAUAAGUGUAUGCUGCCUGUAGCAUCCACAAAGAUGUUAGCAAUAAAUCAUGUAAAUAUUCUUCCUCGAUGUUAAAUAAAUAUACUAGUGUUAGAGUUGGUCA